AUGCAGGUAGGUGAAGAACUAAGCAUUCCAUCGUACGUGUACUACACUGCUGGAGCAUUCAGUCUUGGCGUGUAUUACGACAUCGUUUCACUCAAAUUCGAACAAAAUCAGGACCUGGCACAGUACAAGGAUUCCGACACACAAGUCUCCUCGCGAUGCGCCUCACAGCCUCUCCCCGCCAAAGUACUUACUCGCAUCUUCGUCAACGGCAGCCCUCUCGGAGAUAUCUUCCUCCAAUACUUCCGGAAGUUCGCCUCUGCCAAAGGAGUUCUCAUCAACACCUUCUACGAACUCGAAUCCUACGCCGUCGAUUCUCUGUCCGCUCAUUACAAAAGCUACCCAAAGGUUUACCCGAUCGGACCCAUUCUGAAGGACAAUCAGGGCUCCGGCGAUCCGUCGGUAGACGAUUUGAUGACGUGGCUAGACGAUCAGCCGGAGGAGUCGGUGGUGUUUCUGUGCUUCGGGACGAUGGGGGCGUUCGAAGGAGCUCAGGUUCGGGAAUUCGCCGAGGCUCUGGAAGGUUCCGGAAGUAGGUUCGUGUGGUCGUUGCGGAAGCCGACCUCGUCGUUGCUUCCGGGCGAGUACGGCGACUACGGCGAGGUUCUGCCGGAGGGUUUUCUGGAGCGGACGGCGGGGGUGGGGCGGGUUAUCGGGUGGGCGCCGCAGGUGGCGGUGCUGGCGCACAGGGCGGUGGGGGGAUUCGUGUCGCACUGCGGGUGGAACUCGGUGCUGGAGAGCGUGUGGCACGGUGUUCCGGUGGCGGCGCUGCCGCUGUACGGAGAGCAGCAGAUAAAUGCAUUCGAGCUGGUGAGGGAGUUGGGGAUGGCGGAGGAGAUAAGGAUUGAUUACAGGAUAGAUAUCGCUGGCCAGGAGAAGGCGGAGAUUGUCCCGGCGGGGGAUAUCGAGGCGGCGAUCCGGCGGUUGAUGGCGGCGGGCGGCGGCGCGAGGGGGAAAGUGAAGGAGAUGCAGAGGAAGAGCCGAGAGGUUUUGAAGGAAGGCGGGUCGUCGUACGCUUCGCAAGUGGAGUUUUUCCAGGAUGUGUUGAGAAACGUCGGAUUGGAAUAAUGAUUUGAAUUAUGACCGUUGGAUUUGAGUCUUGCAUUUACUGGAUUUUACACCCUUAUAAUUUUAGGCAUGUGCUCACGUAAUUUGUGUUUGUGUUUGGUCCUGUUUUUAAAUUCUUAUGCUACCAUAUC